AUGAAUCUUACACUUGAUCAUUCCUUAGGCCCAAGAGAGCUCUCUUACAACUAUUUGGACAUUGCUUUCUCUCCUUUUGAUGAUUACUGGAAAGAAGUACGAAAACUUGCUCUUCAAGAACUCUUCAGUACUAAACAAGUUCACUCGAUUCAACCCAUCAAGGACGAGGAGAUCAGUUUUAAACUGAUCGAUUCAAUCGCAAAAUCAGCUUCUCUGAAAACUCCGGUUAACUUGAACAAGACGUUUCUUGCUUUAACUGUAAGUGUGAUAUGCAGGGCUGCAUUUGGUGUGAGUUUCCAUGGAACGGUGCUCCACAGUGACAGGUUCAAUAAGUUAGUUCGUGAGGCACUCGAGAUGUUAGGAAGCUUCUCUGCCUCAGAUUUUAUUCCGUAUAUCGGUUGGAUCAUCGACUGGUUCACGGGUUUACAAGCACGGAGAGAGAGAAGCGUAAACCCGUGA